AAUUUGUCUGGCAUGCCUGACAACAUCUUAUAUAACGAGGAAGGUCAUUAUUGGAUUGCAUUAGCCACGGGGACUAAAGGUCUUUGGGACUUGGCACUCAAGUAUCCUUCAAUUCGAAAAGUUAUGGCAAUCUUGGAGAGGUACAUUGGAAGGCCACAUAUCGAGAAAAAUGGUGGGAUUUUGGCAGUUGAUUUAGAAGGAAAACCGAUUGCCCAUUAUUUUGAUCCUGAAUUGUCAAUGGUGUCGAGUGGGAUCAAGGUUGGCAAGUAUUUAUAUUGUGGUUCCUUUGUCAAACCCUACAUUAUUCGCCUUGAUCUUGAUCAACAUGCUGCCCGUACCAUCACGUAAGCAGGCAAACCUAGUUAAAAAGC